GUGAUUUAUCAAAGCCACAUGCUUUGUUUACUGUAAUCCAAUCACCUCAAUUUGUGAUUGCUAUGGCGAUAGUAAAGCCAAUUUUUGCAUUAUCAAAACACAUAAGCCUAUGUUUGCAGCAAAUAGACUGUGAUUUGAGCAGCUGCGUUGCUUAUGCAAAUAAUUUGUAUGCUGAAAUUAGUGAAAUGCGUAAGGAUUCUGAACAAUCGUUUAAAAUAAUUUUUGAAUCAGUUAAAACAAUAGCCGCAGAAUUAGAUUUAGAAAUCAAAAUUCCGCGUUUGGCGAAACGGCAAACUAAUCGCGACAAUUAUGAAGGCGAACCGGAAGAAUAUUACCUCAGAUCAAUUUAUAUACCGUUUUUAGAUCAUUUUUUGGACCAAAUCAAUGAACGAAUUUUAAAACAUCGAGAGCUGCUUUCCAAAAUUGAAAACAUUUUGCCAAAUAAAUGCGUAAAUCUGGACGUUAUUGAGAUGCAGGAGACUGUUCGUGUUUUAGAAAAGCAAUGGUCCGCUGAUGUAGAAGAGCCCGAUGAUUUCGUUGCUGAAUUUAGAAUGUGGAAAAGGAACUGGUUAAAUCAAACAAGGAGAUCCAACACUUUUUUAGACGCGUUGAAUUGUUGCGAUGCAAAAAUUUUCAAAACAGUGCAUCGUUUUUUAAAGAUUAGAGCAACAAUCCCUAUAUCUGUCGCUUCAAGUGAACGCUCGUUUUCCUCACUUCGCAGGCUUAAAACAUAUUUAAGAAAUAAAACUGGAGAAGCACGCCUGAACGGAAUGGCUCUAUUGAAUAUCCAUAGAGAUAUAGACGUGACGGAGGAAGAGAUUUUAAAUGUUAUGGCCCAAAAUAAAAGAAGAUUAGACUUCAAUUUGUGAAUAAAAUAAUGAAACAGUGUCUUUUUACCUAAAACCCCCCCCAAAUUUUUUUCCUGCGUUCGCCACUGUCUUAUCCUAAUUGUAUAAAUAAUCUUAACUAAGAAUUUAUUCCUUUUAUUUAUACGCAUGGUAAUAAAGUUUUCAACGUAUGUCAGUUGAUCUAAUUGUUUCCGCUGACCCAAUUGAAAAAAAUGAUGACUUGAAGAUUCUCAAGAAUGUAUUUUAGGAUUCGUUCCUUAAAUAAAAACUUAA